AUGCUGCAGGCUCGUGUACCAUUUGGCGGCCUUCAACGGUCCUGCAAAUGCCUCACAACGCUUGCAUACCGGCCAUUUUCCAGCACUCCCCUCAGGAGACAAGAGACAGCCGCUGACCCAGCUGAUCUUGACGAUGACCUUUCUAUGGCUCCGCCUCCGGUCCGUGAUAAGAGAGCCAUCCAAUUACGAUCAUACACACCACGUACACCCGGUCUCAGGCACUUGCGGAGACCUAUAAACGACCAUCUAUGGAAGGGCAGACCAGUCCACGAGCUUACGUUCCCCAAGAAAGGUCAUGGGAAAGGUGGAAGGAAUUAUACCGGACGAGUUACUGUCCGUCAUCGAGGAGGCGGUCACAAGCGAAGAAUACGCAUUGUUGACUUUGAGCGGAACGAGCCUGGUCCCCAUGUCGUCCAGAGAAUUGAGCAUGACCCCGGCCGGACAGCGCACAUUGCCUUGUUGAAGUCUAAGCUUACAAAGAAAUUGAGCUACGUUCUUGCGGCGGAGGGGAUGAGGGAAGGCGAUAUCGUGCAAAGUUAUCGUGCCGGUAUCCCGGAUGACCUGUGGGAGGCUAUGGGCGGUGGUAUUGACCCUGGUGUGCUGGCGGCCAAGACCGCUCGACGAGGGAACUGUCUGCCUCUACACAUGGUUCCUAUAGGUUCAAUGAUUUUCAACAUUGGUCUACACAAGGGGAAAGGUGGUCAGCUCUGCCGUGGUGCUGGGACAUACGGUAUCCUGAUGACCAAAGCCGGUGAAGCCCCCCCUCCAUGGGAAGAAGUUAAGCCCAAGGAAGAAAACGCAACCGCUGAGUCAAAGGACAGCAAAGAACCGACCGAAGCCGAAGACACCUCAAGCGAAGCGGCCAAGGACGCUAAGCUUGAUGCUGAAGUCGAAGCCGAGAUCAGGAGUGACGCUGAUGCUGCUGGUGAGAAAACCGUCAUGUCUGAGCUAGAAUGGAAGAGGCUCAAGAAGUUGUCCGAGCACGUUGCCGUCCGCCUGCAGAGUGGUGAAGUCCGUCUGAUCCAUAAGGACUGCUGUGCCACCAUCGGAGUUGCCAGCAAUGUCAACAAGAAGUAUGCUCAGCUCGGUAAGGCAGGCCGAAAGCGCUGGCUCAACAUCCGUCCUACCGUCCGUGGUGUGGCCAUGAACGCAAAGGACCAUCCCCACGGUGGUGGUAGAGGAAAGUCCAAGGGUGGUGUCCAUCCCAAAAGUCCAUGGGGUCUACCGGUAUGUCCUUUUCACCUUUCUUCCGCCGUCUAUCACAGUGUUGCAGUAACAUUGCUAACUCAAUGGUACAGGCCAAAUCCGGAUACAAGACAAGAAUCAAGGCGAACAUCAACAGAGAUGUCAUUACCCCGAGAGUCCGCAACCAAGGAAAGCGUCGCAGAGGAUACAAUUAGUGGCCUCACAUCCUGCUGUCCUUUUUCUUGCUGCACGGUUGAAGAGUUGAUGAUAGAGCUCCUUCUGCUUACGUUCUUUGGGGAGCGUGUACUAUAUAUUCCUGUACUAAAAGGCAAUCUGAUAUGCUACUAUAUUACUACCUUAAUAUUCUUGCCACAUCAGACCCUUUCGCGGCUGAGAUCGUAUUCUUGUCUAUAA